AUGGCAUCGUCUCCGCCGGCCCUGCAGCGGCCUCGAGUCCGCCACCCGCCUCCCUCCGCGCGCCGUUUGGCUUCCCGACAGCGUCUCGGCGUGCCUCCUCGCCGCUCCGCGGCCCCUCAAGACCCCAGAGCGUUUGUUGGCAUACCCGGCAGGGCGGGCGUUACGCUGCCCGACCGGGUAUCGCUUCAAGACAUGGACAGACCUACAGAGCGACGGCUCCCCGGGUGCUUGCAGGCAGCUCCCGGGUUCUACAACAUGCACUACGACUACGGACACCUACGUUCGAGCGCCCUCCCAGACGUGGGAGGGCCACAAGACACUGCAAACGCUGAAGCUGGGCCCGGCAGGGUGGCAAGCAUGCUGCCCGACCGGGUCCAGCAUGGACUACCUCAGAGCAUCGGCUCCCCGGCUCCCGACGGCCCCGUCGCCGUCCAGGACCCUCCGGAUGUUGCUGCUAGACCCGGCAGGGCGGCAGAAAUGCUGCCCGACCGGGGUACCGACGGGUUCGCGCUUGCCGUCUUUACUGCUCGCGCCCUAGGUGCCACUCGUGGCCCUGGAGACCCUGAGGACGACAGCAGCAGCGACCGGGAUGGACGUCUCAUGGACGAUGACGCUGAGGCUACCACCGCCGCAAGUGAUGACGACCGGCUCGGACAGGUAGCUACGGAGCUGCCCGCCCGAGCUGGAUACACUGCAGUGGCCACGGCCCCUCCUGUGGGCAUGCCACGCUACCACCAGCGAGGCCGUGUCCACUGCAGCAAUUGUUUAUGCUUCUUUUUUCCCACGUACCUGUGA